CUCUCGGGCAAAACUCACAGCAGUCAUUUGAAAUCCGCUCGGGGUGAGUACAACUCGCCCCCGCCGUAACGUUCGUUUUACGGCUGCUUUACGUCGAUCGCGACUGGACCGGUUUUACGUCCCGGUCAUCAAAAGUUGGGUUCUUGUUUCUGUGAGUUUGUUUUGUCUGAUAUCGGAUCAGAAUCCACCGAAUUUGAAAACCGUCCUCAUAAAUGCCGGGCAGUCUUACGAGACCUAAGGCGAAAGCCAACGGGACCGAUUGAGUUCUCAGACUGAUUUGUAACUUUGGUGUCGGUAACGGUUGCAGAUCUCGUAAGAAAUCAAGAAGGUGACAUUGUUACUGUACCUGAUUUUAUCUGGCUCUUUGCGUACUUUGUGACCGAAAAAACUUUUGGAGAAAUUCAUGUCGCUUUGAAUUGCACGUUUGGUGUCAGUCGUAAAUUUUCCAACUCUUGUAGACAAAGUCUGAAGAAGACACCUCCUCUCGUAGACUUGCUGUAAACUUUGACAAAGACUAACAACUCCAACCUUUGGCCUCAUUAACAGUCCCGAAUAGAAAUGAUUUCAUCGCCAAUUCGUCACUGUCCUGCAUGGAAUAUACCAAAAGAUUGCCCAUCUCGGACGCCGGAAGGACGACCUUGUGGUGUUUCUUCUUUUUUUUUUUUUUUUUAAAUACAUAUUUCCGCUUUCUCCACCCAGGCCGUUAUGAUCUGCGCAUAAUGUCGGCACAAGUAGGAAUCCAGAAGUUCUCCUUCCCUUUCUCCUGCGCCGUCCGUCAGGAUGAGGCGAGCCAGACGGGAUGCAUCCAGGCGAAGGCCCCGGAGCGCCGCGGGGUUCCGGAAAAUCCCGUCCGAAGCCCGCCGAGCGCUGUUGCAUUUCUAGGGGUUUUGGCAGACCGCGACAACACGGCGGCGGACAGUCCCAAAACCCCGUCGGCCGGCGGCCAAGCUCCGCAGAGCACCGUGCUUUCCCGCCGGAGCGUGUUCGAAAAGAUGGUGGCCGAGGCCGAGGACCAGCGUCCGGUGGCCAAGAGGCAGCUGUCGUCCGAGAGCGCCUCCAGGACCAUCGCGGUGGUGAAGAAGAGCGCUGUGCGGGCGGAGGAACCGCAGAGGAACCUCAAACCCAAGACCGAGUGCGGACCGAGGAGGAGAAAGAAAGAUCUCUUUGCCAAUUCCGAACUCUUCCACCGGCUGGAUUCGCACGUCAUCAUGGCAGGGGCUGAGGUUGGAAAGCAUACUGAGGGGGAGGGGGGGGGGGCGGCCUGUGCGCAUGAAACCUGGCCACCCCCUCAAAAACAGGCUCAUUGCAGCACAACAAGAUCGCGUAUUCUGUUCUGAAUCCGCUUUUCUUGGUCUUUGCCUCGCAGCUAAGGCAAAAGCGCGUUCACGACGUGGCCGCCAUCGUCCAGAGCGUCGCCAGCAUUGCCAAGAACGAGCUGGAGAAAAUCCGGGCCAUCUGGGUUUGGCUCUGUCACAACAUCGGUGAGGAUGGGCCCGACUCGCGUCAGCUCGCUUCCACACCAUCCCGCGCUAACGUUUCCCCGACCGCAGAGUACGACGUCGCCGGCUUCUUGGGACGCUCGCAGAAGCUGUGCUCGCCGGAGGAAGUGAUCGCCACCGGUCGCGGCGUUUGCUCUGGCUACUCCAACCUCUGCAUGGAAAUGUGCAGGCUGGUGGGCAUCGAGUGCCAAGAGGUGGCGGGCCACAGUAAGGGCAUAGGCUACCGCCAGGGCCGGAGCCUCAGGAACGUGAAAUCCGACCACCUGUGGAACGCCGUGCUCUUGGGGGGACAGUGGUUCUUAAUGGACGCCUGCUGGGGAGCCGGACGGGUGGACAUGGAACACGAGAGCUUCGUCAAAAGGUUCGACGACUUCUAUUUCCUGACCGACCCGGAGGAGUUCAUCGUGUCGCACUUCCCCGACGAGGAGCGAUGGCAGCUUCUGGAGGCGCCCAUCACCCUGGACGAGUUCGAGAGGCGAGUCUUCAAGACCUCGGCCUUCUUCGCCAUGGGCCUCAGGCUCAUCCAGCCUCAACACUGCCACCUCGUCACCGAUGAAGGCGAGGCAAACAUUUCCCUGGGCUUCUCCCGGCCUGCGACCUUCACCUACGAGAUCACGCCGCACCAGGACUUCCUCCACUGCGGCACGGCGGAACAGAAAGACAGCAGCCGUUCCUCCUUCGGCCUCCUGACGGUAUCCCAGCGCAGCAUGAACCUGCAGCUGCUGCCGCCCGCCCGCGGCGUCUACAACCUGAGGCUGUACGCCAGGCCCGGGAGCGCCAGCGCACUCCUGAGUUGGGUCUGCUCCUUCACAGUGGAGUGCCCGGAAGCCCGAGCCACCGAGGAGAUCCCGGAGAACCCCUACCUGUCGUGGGGGCUGCAGCCGGGGGCGGCCUCCCUGGGAGUGGCGGCGAGCAAUCGGGGCAGCGAGGUGGCCGAAGCGGAAGAAGGUCGCUUCGAGUUGCUGCUGAAGACGUCCCGCUCGCUUAUGAUGCUCUGCGAACUGGCCCACCCGGAGCUGGAGGCCCCCGUGACCAAACGUUGCCUCGCGUCUCAGAUCCAAGCGGAUCUCCUGACCUGCCACGUCCUCUGCCCGUCACGCGGCUUCUACCGCCUCUCCGUCUUUGUGCGGGACUACGAGAAAACGGACGCCAAGUUCCAGAACGCCGCAAACUUCCUGCUGCACUGCAAGGGGGAGGCGGCCGGCCGGGACGAGCUGUUCCCGGCCAACCUGAGCUCGGCGUGCGGGCCGGGCACCCGCACGUCGGAGGCGGGGCUGUCCAAAUUCAGCCACACGGCGGCACUGGUGAGCACGCCCCAGGGCAAGUGCAACAUUACCUUCCAGAACCAGCGAGACCUGGAGCUGCACGCCACGCUGAGCCGGGGGGACCAGAAAAAGGCCGCCGCCUUCCCGCUGGCCCGGCAUCUGUUCUGCACGUACACCGACAGCAAGGUGACGGUGAGCGUCGGCCUGCCCGAGGCCGGCACGUACCGGCUGGGGCUGUACGCCAGGACCGUCCCCGGCGGAGAGUUCAACCCCAUGUGCGACUUUGUGCUGAGGAACGGCUGCGAGCGAGCGCAACUUCCUUUCCCUUGCAUCUACGCCGCCUGGAAGAAAGGCUGCGUCCUCUUCGAGCCCCGCGAGGGCCUGCUGGACGCCGCCUCCUGGGUCCGCUUCCGAGUGAGGGUUCCGGGGGCGCAGCGGGUGUGCGUGGUGGGCCAGGGGCGCAGCGAGCUGAAACUGAACAAGAGCCGGGUGUGGGAAGGCGACGUGUUCAGCGGGGAGGCCGCCGCCGAGCUCAAGCUGGUGGCCAACUCUGGAAAUUCCGGAGACAUGGCCGUUUUGAUCACUUUCAAUGUCGUAAAGCCGUUCGCCGCUAGCCGAGUUGAAGUCGAAGCUCCGGGUUACUAG